CUCCUGAGCCCGGAGUGGGUGCCGGAGAGAAGCGCUGAGGGAUCGGAGCGAUGUCUGUGCCGGGGGCGGCCUGCCUGCUGCUGCUGGUUCCGCUGGGCUUGGUGCUGGCCCAGGAGCUGCCAACCAAUGGGGUGAAUGGAUUCAGCCUGCACCCCCCCUACUUCAACCUGGCGGAGGGCACCAGGAUCUCAGCCUCGGCCACCUGCGGGGAAGGGCCGGACGGGCGCCCCAUGGAGGAUCUGUACUGCAAGCUGGUGGGGGGGCCCGUCUCCGGGGAUCCGAGUCAGACUAUCCAGGGACAAUACUGUGACAUCUGCAUGGCCAACAACCGAGAGAAGUCUCACCCCAUCUCCAACGCCAUCGAUGGCACUGAGCGCUGGUGGCAAAGCCCCCCGCUGUCACGCGGGUUCGAGUACAACCAAGUCAACGUCACUUUGGAACUCGGACAGGUUUUCCAUGUCGCCUACGUCCUCAUCAAAUUCGCCAACUCGCCCCGACCCGACUUGUGGGUUCUCGAGAGGUCGACGGAUUUCGGGGUCACCUACCAACCUUGGCAGUAUUUCGCCUCGUCUAAGAGGGACUGCCUGGAGCGCUUCGGGCCCCAAACCCUGCAGCGGAUCUCGAGGGACGACGAUGUCGUUUGCACCACGGAACAUUCCCGUAUCGUCCCGCUGGAGAACGGAGAGAUUGUGGUCUCAUUGGUCAACAAACGGCCCGGGGCCAUGAACUUCUCCUACUCCCCGUUGCUAAUGAACUUCACCAAAGCAACAACCGUCCGACUGAGGUUCCUGAGGACCAACACCCUCCUGGGGCACCUUAUGGGCAAAACGCUGAGGGACCCCACCGUCACCCGGCGGUAUUAUUACAGCAUCAAGGAUAUCAGCAUUGGGGGGCGGUGCGUGUGUAACGGGCACGCGGAGGUGUGCGGCGCCAAGGAUCCCACCAACCCCUACAGGCUACAUUGCGACUGCCAACACAAUACCUGCGGCACCUCCUGCGACACCUGUUGCCCUGGUUACCACCAGUUGCCGUGGAAGCCGGCCACCAAGGAUAACGCCAAUGAGUGUGAACCCUGUAACUGUAAUGGCCACGCGUACGACUGUUACUACGACCCAGAAGUGGAGAGACGCCGAGCCAGCAUGGACCAACAUGGGGACUUUGUAGGGGGAGGAGUCUGUGUGGAUUGUCAGCAUAACACAGAUGGUGUCAACUGUGAGCGUUGCAUUGUGGGUUACUAUAAAUCCCCCGACCACCCCAGCGACUCCCCCCACACGUGCCUGCGCUGUAGCUGUGACUCUGAAUUCAUGGACGGUUCCUGCGAGGAUCUGACGGGAAGGUGCUACUGCAAACCCAACUACACCGGGGAGACUUGUGAGUCCUGCGCCGAAGGCUACAUGGACUUCCCACUCUGCUACCCUGUUCCAGAUACACCCAAUGGCGGAGGCACCGGGGAACAGGUCCUAACGGUCGGAGAAAUAAUCAACUGUGACUGCCACGUUGCCGGGACCGAGGGGAACGCUUGCCGUAAGGACCCUUUUGUCGGCGCCUGUGUCUGCAAACCCAACUACCGGGGGGAUUCGUGCGAAACCUGCGCCCCCGGAUUCUUCGGCCCCAGCUGCCUGGACUGUCAGUGCUCAGGACCGGGCGUGUUGGACGGAACCUGCGACAGAGAGAGCGGGCAGUGCCAGUGCCGCAGCGGAUUUGAAGGGUUCCUUUGUGAUCAAUGUGCCCCGGGCUUUUUCAACUACCCCCUGUGCCAAUUGUGCGGCUGCAGUCCCGUCGGCACUUUACCGCAAGGCUGUGACUCAACCGGACGCUGCCUGUGUAAGCCCGAGUACGACGGCCCGCGCUGUGAGCAGUGCAUCAUGGGAUAUCACUCCUACCCUCACUGCCAAGCUUGCUCCUGCGAUCCUCGGGGUGCUGCGGACAAUAACUGCACGCCUACGGGUCACUGCCAGUGUCACCCCAAUUACGCGGGGCCCUCCUGCAGUCAGUGCGCCGCCGGCCACUAUGGCUACCCCAGCUGUACACCUUGUCACUGCUCCGCCGAGGGGUCACUACGCAACACGUGCAACCCGCAGAGCGGGCAGUGCCUUUGUCGUCACUCCAUUACCGGCUUGCGAUGCGACUCCUGCGCCCCCGGAACGUACGGCUUCCCCGACUGCCAAGUUGGUCCUUGCAACCCGUCUGGAUCGAAGUCUCUUAGUGUCAACUCCCUGGAGGGGUCCUGCGAGUGCCGGGAUCAUGUGGAGGGGCCGGCGUGUGAUAAGUGCAAGCCUUUGUACUGGAAUCUGGCCCCUGAAAACCCCCACGGAUGCACAAGAUGCCAGUGUGGAUCUGACGGCACCAUAAACGGAGUGGGAGAAUGUCGGCAGGCAACCGGCCAGUGCUUCUGUAAGCCCAACAUCUGCAGCCGUACGUGCAGCACCUGUAAGGACGGCUACUACAACCUGCAGCCCAGCAGCUACUUCGGGUGCCAAGGAUGCCAGUGCGACAUCGGAGGCUCCAUUGGGCUGGCAUGCCACGAGAAGACUGGAGGUUGCCAGUGCCGGGAGAACGUGCAAGGAUCCCAGUGUAACCAGCCGACACCUGGUCACUACUUUCCCGACCUUCAUCACCUGAGGUACGAGGUAGAGGACGGUGUGACGGAGGAUGGGAGGCCCGUUCGCUUUGGCUACAACCCUCUGGAGUUUGAGAAUUUUAGCUGGCGGGGAUACGCUCAGAUGUCGCCCUUUCAGCCUAAGGUGGUACUGACCAUCAACGUCACAUCUCCCGACCUCUUCCGAGUGGUUUUCCGAUUUGUGAACAGAGGGGCGGACAGUGUGCACGGCAAGGUCUCCUUCAUCGAAGAGAGGAAGUUUAAUGCUUGUGCCAACUGCUCUGAACAGACCAAGCGCAUUGUCUUCCCGCCAAGCACCGAGCCCGCCUUUGUCACAGUCCCGCAGAGCAGUUUUGGGGAACCGUUUGUCCUGAACCCCAAUGUCUGGUCUGUAGUCAUCGAGGUGGAGAAUGUUCUGCUGGACUACCUGGUCCUGUUGCCCAGUGCAUAUUACGAGGCUCCAAUUCUUCAGGUGAAGGUCACCGAGGCUUGUACCUACUCUCCCACCCCGGAGCAGAACUCCAAGAAUUGCCUCCUCUACAAGUAUCUGCCCCUGGAUGGAUUUUCAGCUUCUGGCGGAAGUGAUGGCAUAUGCCGAUUGGAUAACAGCCUGCCUAGACCAUGCCAAUUGGAGCACAUCACACCACGCCACCCACCAAUGGCGAUGUGCUAUGGAAAUGAUGUCGAUGUCCAGUUCCGCAUGGCUGUGCCCCACCCUGGGCGCUACGUGGUUCUAGUGGAAUACGCCAAUGAGGAGGAGGUGCAAAACACAAUCAUUACGGUGAACUCUCCUCCACAUCGCCCCCAGCAGGGGACUUUCGCCUUCUACCCCUGCAAAUACAGCUUCCUGUGCCGAGGGGUGGCUUUAGACCAACAUCACAGAGUGGCCACGUUUGACCUCACCACGGAAGCCACCAUUCGCUUCUCUGCAGACCGCACACACUUCUACCUGAGUAAGGUCUAUCUGAUUCCUGCCGAGCAGUUCUCUAUGGAGUACGUCAGCCCUCGAGUUCACUGCAUCGCUACCCACGGCACCUUCUCUCCAAGCAGUGGGUCCUGCGUUCCCUCAAGAUUCCAGAAGCCAUCACAGUCGGUGGUCUUGUCAGAAGGAAGGACUGGAUCUAUUCCCAACAACAUUCCGCUCUCUCAGGGAUUUGUCCCAUCCUCCCCAGAUGGACAGGCUGUUCCAUCCCAGCCGGAGACUCUGCCCCCGACUGCUGUUGAUUCCACUAGACUGGUCCAUUUGCACCCUGUGCAGUCGGUGGUGGGAUACAACGGACAAGUCCAAAGCCCGGGGCGCUAUGCAUUCAUUGUGCACUAUUAUCAGCCGUCCCACCAAACCUUUGCCAUUGAGGUGCGGGUACAAGGCGGGCGCGUCUGGCAAGGUUCAGCCAACGCUACUUUCUGCCCCCACGGUUACGGCUGCCGCAGUUUAGUAGUGUCGGAGAACCAGGUCGUUCUAGACGUGACGGACAACAAUUUCUCCGUGACCAUACGUGUUCCAGAUGGCAGGAUUGUCUGGAUAGAAUACGUGUUGGUAAUUCCAGAGGACAGUUACAGUUCCAGUUAUCUGGUGGAAGAACCGCUGGAUAAAUCCUAUCACUUUAUCAGCCAGUGCGGAGCCAACAGCUUCCAGAGCAACCCUGCCAAUAGCAAGUUCUGCAGAGACGCCGCCAUCUCCCUCUCUCUUUUUUAUAACAAUGGUGCCCAGCCUUGUGACUGCCACGAAGCCGGAGCUUUGGGCACUGCCUGUGAACCCCACGGAGGGCAAUGCAACUGCCGGCCCAAUGUCAUUGGCAGAGACUGCUCCCGCUGUGCCACCGGCUAUUGGGGAUUCCCCAACUGCAGACCUUGUGACUGUGGCUCUCGGCUCUGCGAUGAGGUGACCGGCCAAUGUAUCUGCCCCCCCCGCACCAUAAAACCAGACUGCGUUGUGUGCCAGCCCCAGGCAUUCGGUUGCCAUCCUCUGGUUGGCUGUGAGGAGUGCAACUGCUCUCCAACUGGGCUGCAGAACAAGACGGAACCAGGAUGCGACAUACAGACUGGGCAAUGCACAUGCAUGCCAAACGUUGUGGGCAGGAGGUGUGAGCGGUGCGCCCCUGGGUUCUACGGCUACCCUGCCUGCCGACCCUGCAACUGCAACCGAGAUGGGGUGGAGCUGAGCAUCUGCGACCCUGUUACUGGACAAUGUCAUUGCAAGGAGAACGUUGAAGGCCUGACCUGUGACCAUUGCCGCUUGGGCACCUUCUACCUGGAUGCCGCUAACCCAAAAGGCUGUACCAGAUGCUUCUGUUUUGGAGCCACCGAUCGCUGCCACACAGCUUCCAAACAUCGAGCAGAGUUUAGUGAUAUGAACGGAUGGGUGUUGGUGGGUGGAGACCGACAAGAGGUGGAGAUUUCUGUCCGCCCAGAGGAAGGGCUCGUUGAUGCCAAUCUUGAGGAUGUUCCUGAUGUCUACCAGGAGUUCUACUGGCACGCGCCUCGUUCAUACCUGGGAGACCGGGUUUCAUCAUAUGGUGGAUUCCUCCGCUAUGAGCUCCAUUCCAAAGCAAUAAGAGGAGACCAACCCAAUAUCCCAGUGGAAAGGAGACCAGAUAUUAUUCUGAAGGGCAAUCAGAUGAGCAUUGCACAUUUGCAGACCAGAUACCCAAUGUCAGGAGAACAUUACCAUGGCCGAAUACAUUUGGUUGAGGGUAACUUUGUCCAUGUUCAGACGUACAACCCCGUGUCACGUGAAGAGCUCAUGAUGGUGUUGGCCAAUCUGGAGCAGCUUCUGAUCCGAGCUCUGAACUCGCAGUCGUCUUCCUCCGUGUCACUGCGCAGAGUCUUCCUGGACAUUGGCCAUGAAAGCAGCGUCGGAGUCCGAGCCCCGGAGGUGGAAUUGUGCAUGUGUCCGGCUAACUACCUGGGCGAUUCCUGUCAGGAAUGUGCUCCUGGGUAUUACAGGGACACCAAAGGUCUUUUCUUGGGCAAGUGUGUACCAUGCAACUGUGGUGGUCACUCCGACCAGUGUUUGCCCGGCACAGGCGCUUGUGUGAAAUGCCAGCACAAUACAGAAGGGGAUCGGUGUGAGAGGUGCAAAGAUGGAUUUGUGUCGAACGGGACAGUGGAUGGAUCCUUGCAGUGCGUGUCCUGCCCCUGUCCCCUGUCAGUGCCGUCCAACAAUUUCGCCAUUGGAUGUUUUCAAAGAGGCUCCACCUUCCAGUGUCUCUGCAGACUGGGCUACGCCGGUGCCAACUGUGAGAGGUGUGCACCAGGUUUCUAUGGAAACCCCAUGGUGAUUGGCAGUUCCUGCAAGCCCUGCGACUGCAACGGGAACACCGAUUCCAACAUGCUUUUCAGCGACUGCGAUCCCCUGUUCGGCACCUGUUCCAGUUGUAUGUUUAACACGGCCGGGACGCAUUGCGAAGUGUGCGCUCCCGGGUUCUACGGAGAUGCAGUGAGAGCCAAAAACUGCACCAGGUGCGACUGCUCGCCGUGUGGAACCCAAUCAUGUGAUUCCAGGACUGGAAGAUGUUCCUGCAGACCUGGCGUGACGGGGUCUCGCUGUGACCGCUGUGAGGAAGGGUACUAUGGCUACAAUGGAUGCUCUGGCUGCCACAAAUGCUCCUGUGCCGCGGGUUCGGCCAGCGCCAGGUGUGACCCUGUGAGCGGUCAGUGCCUCUGUCUUCCAGGGAUUACCGGCGCUCAAUGCCAGCAAUGUGCCCCGGGGUACUGGGGGUUCAGCCCAAGUGGUUGCACAAAGUGUCACUGUAAAGGUGGCUCCUGUGACCCACGAACGGGCGAGUGCCAGUGCAGCGACGGACUGACCGGGAAGCAGUGCGACACCUGUAGCCGCCAAUAUGAGAUCCCCGUCAGCCACGGGCCAGACAUUCUGAAAUGCGAGCCCUGUGACAGCUGCGUGGUGACCUUGCUGGAAGAUCUCGAUCGAAAUGGCCAUUUCCUCCCCGGCAUCGGUGACCAACUUGCCAACCUGAGUGUCAGCGCCAUCGCCUGGAACCAUCUCAGCGCCCUCAACACCUCCAUCGCCAAUCUGACGGAGCUCUGGCUUCAGUACCAGGGCACAAUUAAUGGCAUAAAGGAUAAGGCCGAUGACAUGGAAGAUCACAGUAUCAGCCUUGCACAGGAUCUAGAUGCCCUGCAGGACAAGGUGAAUAUGACAAACAGGACAGCCAUCAGCGUGCAAAGGGCAACUAAAAACACCCAUCAGCGGGCCGGAGACCUGCUCAACAAAGUGCAGACGCUUUGCAACGUUACUCAGGGAAUGGUGGAACAGCUGAAGAAAAUCGGAUCGUCCAGCAGCAGCAACGUCACCUCCACCGAGGAGUUCCGGCGGAUCAUGUCCGAGGUGGAACGCAUGAUGAGGGAGCUGAGAGCCAGGGAUUUCCAGCACCCAAGUCACCUGGCGAGGAAGGAGUACAACGAAAGCAUAAAACUGUUGAAUCGGGUAAAGGCAGAACUUGUCAGCAGCCAACAGACGAACCAGGAGCUUCUCAGUGAGACCAAGCGGAGGCUGGAUACCUACAGCUCGGAAGUCAUGGAUCUACGAGAUGCUCUUAACGAGGCCGUGAACAAGACCCGACAGACAGAGGAUCUCAACAGCAUUAACCAAAAUACUCUGGAGGAAUAUCUGCUAAAAGUCAGUGACCUGAAGAAACAGCACAGUGAGUUGGUGUCGGCAAUAAAGAUGGCGGAGGACGCCCUUGUGCAAGUGUCUGAUCUUCUACAAACGAUGGAAAACCUGAAGGAGGAAUAUGAGAAGCUGGCGGCGGGCCUCGACGGAGCACGGGGGUCUCUGAUAGAAAAGGGAAAGAAGUUCUCUCCAGCGAGCAGCAAGAUCCCUAUAGUGGAGAAGGCCGAGAUGCACGCAAAGGAUUUAGGGCAACUGGCAAAGGCCUUGUUUAGUGCUAUUGGGGAUGCCAAUCAAGACGGUUAUAUCCAGAAAGCCAUCAAUGCCUCCGACGCCUACUCCACUAUUAUCGAUGCCGUGAAACAGGCAGAAAAGGCAGCUAAAGAGGCCAGUCGAGUGGCCGGGGAUGCAGUAAAGAAUAUCUUAAAUGAGGAGCUUGGCAAGAAAGGCAAAGAACUGAAGCAGAAGAGCUCUCAGCUAGGGGACUCCGCCAGAGCUGCCGAGGAUGAAUUAAGCCAAGAUGUGCAGAGUAAACUGCAGGAGGCCAAGACCAAGCUUCAAAAAAACAAAGCAAAUAAAGAGAAAGUCAAGGCCGAUCUGCAGUCUAUCAUGGACAAAAUCAGCAUGACUCGAGAUAACGUUACCGAUGACAUAACGAGCGCCAAGUUUAAGGCCGCAGAGGCAAAUGACACGGCCAACAGAGUGGAAGACUCGCUGAUCGACAUCAAGAAGAACCUCGAGUCAUGGAAAGAAAAGUAUGGCAACUUGCAGAAUGAAGAUGUGUCAGAGGCCAUCGAGGAAGCAAAAACGUCUGUCUCCGAUCUGGUCAACACGAUUCCACUGCUGCUGGAUAAAGUCAACCAACUGGAGAACCGCCAAACUCAGAACAACAGCAUCUCGGACAGUAUCAGUCGCAUCCGGGAGCUCAUUUCCCAAGCCAGAGAUGCGGCCAGCAAGGUCAAGGUCCCGGUAAAAUUUAAUGGAAGUUCCGGGGUGCAAAUGCGCACCCCUAGCAAUGUUCCAGAUCUUGCCGCUUACACCUCGCUGAAGUUACACAUCCAGAACCCAGAGCCCACUAAGAAGAAGCGACAAGCAGAUACAGAGCAGGGGAGAUUUGUCCUCUUCCUUGGCCACAAAGAUGGUACCGGUGAUUACCUUGGGCUGGUUCUUAAAGGUAACAAGCUUCAAUGUGUGUACAAGUUGGGGGAUGAAGAACCCACUUUCUUGUCAGCCAAUGAGGACAUCCGGGAAGAGUUUGUCACAGUAGCCGUUGAAAGGAUCCUCCAGUACGGCCAGAUGUCCAUAUUCGUCACAAAAGACACUUUACAUGAGAUCAAAGGGGACAGCACAGCGAGUGGAGAACAAGGCCUGCUAAACCUCAACCCGGAACAGGUGGUUUUCUAUGUCGGAGGAUAUCCUGCUGACUUCACGCCACCCGCCCCCCUGAACUAUCCCAGUUACAGAGGCUGCAUUGAGAUGGACACUCUAAACGAGAAACCCAUUAGCCUGUACGACUUUGAACAAACGUUCGAACUUGAUACCAAAAAGGAAAAGCCGUGUGCCAGAUCCAAGUCCACAGGAGACCCUUGGCUUACCGAAGGAUCAUACUUUGACGGGACUGGUUACGCAGAAGUUAAACUGGAAACCCUUCCCGGUUCCUCCAAGAGGUUCGAGCUGGAUGCUCGCCUUGUUUCUUACAAUGGGAUCCUCUUCUACCUCGACGCCGAAGACCAGUUCCUGAGCCUCGCAGUUCAAGAUGGAAAACUGGCUUUGUUUUAUGACAUUGGAGAUGGCCUUCAGGUGUCUAAGCCAAUGGAACCAAAUAAGCUACAAAUCAGCAGUUCCACCCCUAAAGUGGUCCAGGUGAUUCUGGCUGUUGUUGGUGGAAAAAAGAAGAUUAUUGUGAGGCUGGAGCGGGUCAAUGUAUAUAACGUGGAUUAUGACAAGGGGAGCCUGGAGACUGCGCAGUACUUUUUCCUAGGAGGGUUACCAUCUAGCAAGAUGCCAGAGAGUCUCGUGGCCCUCUUCCCAGGUGGUGGCUCCAUUAGAGGCUGUAUGAAGGGCAUCAAAGCCCUGGGGAAAUACGUUGACCUCAAGCGUAUGAGCACAACAGGCGUAAGCUAUGGGUGCACCUCGGAUCUACUGAUUGCGAGGUCCGUUCAGUUCUACGGACAUGGAUACCUUAAUAUGGCCGUGAAAAAUGUGCCCAGCCUGAACAAUUUCUACACGGGCUUUGGAUUCCGUACGAGCCAGCCCAAUGGAUUCUUGUAUCAACACACUACAGAGGAAGGAUCAUGUCAAGUGGCCGUCCAACAUGGUCGCCUGUCCGUCAAGAUCUUGAAUGCAGAAAUGAGAUCCAAAACUCAGUUUGCAGACGGAGCAGGUCACUAUCUGACCCUCUACAGCAAUAAUGAUGCAGUGCGGUUUUACGUGGAUGACAAACUGCAAGAGACGCGGACAUUAGCAGCAGGCACAGGGCGGCCAGACUUAACCUCCACCCUUCUUCUUGGUGGGUUCCAGGAUGGGGGAGAGAUACACAAUCUGACUGGCUGCAUCAGCAAUGUCUUUGUAAAGAGGAAAGACGGACCUCAGGCUGUUCUAGAUCUGCAACAGAAUCAGGAGAGCCUCAAUGUUACCAUGAGUUGCCAGGCAUCAAUGGAGGAGCAGCCUCAGGAGAUCAGAUCUCCAUCGAGGAAGGGGAAACUGAAGCAAAAGCUCCGGCAAAGGAAGCUCGCUGAUCACAAGCACUUGGAGGAGACUUCCUGCGUUCACCCCAAAGCAGUGAGGGGGGCUCUACGAUUUGGUGGAUCUUCCAGCAGCCACCUGGAAUUCACCCGACUCCCACCUAUCUUCCGAGAUCGGUUUCAUUUUAGCUUAGAGAUCCGUCUGAACGCCUCUAAUGGGUUGAUCUUUUACGGCCGGGAUGAGAGAAGCAGCUCCUCCCUCUCUCUAUACGUGUCCAAUGGUCGCUUUGUCCUCCAGCUGGUUGUCUUAGGGAAGUCAUUGCGGUUGAGGAGCAAAGAAAAGUACAACGAUGGACUCUGGCACACGGUAUUCUUUGGCAAAGAGAAGAAUAAGCUGCACUUGGUCAUAGACGGUAUCAAAGCCCAAAGCAGCGUUGUGUACCCUGCAGUUACAUCUUCCUUAACUGGUCCCGUCUUCAUCGGAGGUCUCCCACCGCUCAUCAGAAGACCCGACAUCCCAGACGCGUCGCUCAACAGUUUCCACGGAUGUCUCAAGAACCUGAAGUUGGAUGGGAAAGCAUUUAACCCCCCAAACAAAAUCAUGGGGGUCGCCCAGUGCUAUGAAGGGAUCACAGAACAAGGAUUUUUCUUCUCGGAGGGUGGAUUCUUAAAAUUAGACCAUGAAGUAGAUAUUGGGCAGAGCUUGGAGGUGAAGCUGGAGAUACGUCCAAUCCACCAUUCCGGCCUCCUUUUCCACGUGGGAAGCGAGGGAGGCCACUCGGUCACUCUUUCCAUGGCUGAGGGGAAGGUCAGUGUCUCUGUAAAUGCCGGAGCAAGUGAAUAUUCCACAUCGGUGAAAUUCCCACAGCCCUUGUGUGACGGACAGUGGCACACAGUCGCAGUGACCAAAGUAAGCAACGUUAUCCAACUGGACGUGGACACAGAAGGAAACCACGCCGUAGGGGCAAGUCAGUCUCAGCCCACCGCGAGCACGGGGACGCUCUACGUUGGAGGAGUUCCUGGAAACAUCCACAGCCCAAGGAAACCGCACACGCCCUACCAAGGCUGCAUGAGGAAUCUCGUUAUUAACCGAAAGGCGGUCGACGUCUCCAAACCUGGGACUUUCAUAGGAUCGGCCAGCACCAACGUCUGCCCGGCCCUGUGAUCCCAAUGCAAACGUAGAAGGACUGUGCGAACGAGGCAGCCGGCCUACUGCCGAAACCUGCCAGACUGCGCUACACUGUGCCAGUACUGGGUGCGGCUUUGGGGCAAUGUGACAGGAAGGCCCUCAAAGCCCACCUGGAUUUAUGGGUGCUUGGAAAAUGGGGAUACGGUUACCGGAUUUUAAACUCUUUUAUGCAGCAGAACCCUAACGGUGGGGUACACAGGGCCCCAACUUCUACCCUUAAAUUAAAAAGUCCCAAACUGCAUUUAAUUUAUUCCACUAUGGCAAUAUCAUGCUUAUAACUUACCCGCUGGGAGAGGUGCAUCUUGGGAAGAAGGCCAAAAGCAGCAGUAGGAAGUUAACUGUGAUGAUUUAACUAUUCCAUGUCUGUCCCCAAUGGAAACACAGACUUUACACAAUACAGAACUCUCUAUUGGACCAAAAAGUUGUAGAGUGUUUAAAGCAGUUCAAUUCACACUUAAUACUAGUCUGGCUCAAAGCAGCCUCCCAUUACAGCUACUGCAACCCAAACUACUUCCUCGCUGCUAGUAUGAAAGAGCAUAGCAACCAAACAGCAAGUUAGGCUCCAAACAGCAGAGCCACAGGAAAAAAAAAAAUGAAAACCAACCACAUCAUUUGAGUGUUAGCUUUCCCUUUAAAGAGUAAAUUAAAUCAGUGAAAUCAUCAGACUGAUAUAAUGUUUACAGGCGUUUCUUGGAGAGACACCGAAUAUCUGUGAAACCGUAAAGGGAAAGUAACUUUUUUAAAAUAUAAGGAUAGUAAUGCAUAUUCCCUUUGAUAAGAUGCACAUAAAUGUUUGUAUGCUUAGACUAUUCCUUCUCUGCAGUUUUCCACUGACCCAGGAGCUGCCCUGUGGCUUGCCAAUGCAGAAACACAUAGAGAAAAAUGCUCUCCACCCAUAAUAUCCCCUUUUUAUUCUACAUUUUUGAAGCUAAUGGGACAUUGUUCCCUAUACAAAUGCUCCCAAUAUUUUAGGGUGUCUGCUGACCGGGACUACUUCAAUGCUAACCGCGUGACCUGCUUCCUUGUAACAAGGGUUAAACCCACUGUCGGGCAGUAACGUUCCUGUGAAGAUAUUUAUUGCAAGGUUCCCCUCCUGUGUUCUACGUUCUCUCUGUGGUAGUACUGCUUGGAUAUAUUUUAUAAUUAUAAAUAUAUAUAUGUAUUUAAACCUAUUCCAGUCACCUGCGCACUUACACAAUAAAUACAUCUGUGUAUAUAUGCAUGUGUAUAGAUAUUUAAAUACACACACACACACACCCCCAAUGUCCGUUUUAGAGGCAAAAAGAGAAAUUCUAACUUAUAUUUUUUUUUGUAUACAGCGGGUACAUUCUUAUGAAAUUAGAUUCCUGUGGUGUCUGUCUAAACCAGUCGUGAUUUUUAGCCUUCACGUGAAAAUUUGUAAAAAAAAUUGAUGGUACAAAUUUUGUCUCUAAAAUAAAACUUUGGAUUUUCUUGAUUUCUAAA